AUGAAUCUCUCUCUUCUAGGUGAUUCUCCACUCGCAAUAACCCAACAGGCCAUCGGCAUCUUCUUGGCCUCGAAACAAGACAAUGGCCAAAUUGCCGGAAUCUCCUACUGGCAGACUGCCAAUGGCUACACGGCGAUAGCCUUACACGAUUCCUGGUCCCACACGACCGGCAAUGUCGAGAUCUUACACGACCUUCUCUCAAAGGUCGAAGACGGUCAGAAGAACUACAUCAACGAGUUCAAUGACGACUCCAUGUGGUGGGCCAUGUGUAUGUUAGAGACGUAUAAUCUCGCCCAAGACCCCAACCAUCUCCGGGUGGCACGGAGCAUCUGGACACAUGUCCGUGACUACGUCGUCCCUCCUCGGAGAUAUAUCAUUGACGACAAUGACAUGGAAGGCGGUGUCAUGUGGACCAGCAAGCCGAACGAGACUCAAUUGAAUGCCAUUACCGCGGGCCUGUUCUCGGAGUUGUCGGCUCGAUUGGCCUGUCUACAUGAAGAUGCGGCAUCCCGACAGAAACACCUCGACUUUGCCAUCGGCAGUCUUUCCUGGAUACUCAGAUGCCGAUUUGUUCCCGAUCAAUAUCUAGUCUUGGACCACAUCGACCUCGAUACAGGCCAAAAGACUGAUUGGACCUUCACAUACAACACCGGUCAGGCCAUUGCUGCCUCCAUCGCCGUCUACGAUGUGAUGAAUCAGAACAACACUGAUCAGUCUCAAUCAUCCAAUGGCCGCGUGUACCUGGAUCUUGCAUGUAACAUGGCGCGUCGGGCCAUGACCCGGCCCGGUUGGGUCGACGACAACGGGACGCUGACGGAGCCUGAUGCAUAUCCUGGAACUGGUGAUGGGCGAAAACAAGCUUGGGAAAAUAGUGAUGGGGUCGGCUUCAAAGCGGUCCUUGUACGCGGUCUGGCCAAGCUGUAUAAAACCAUACAACGAGACGAAGCCGAUCUGGAGCUACAGACUCAAAUUGCUAAGUUCAUCGAAUGGCAGUUCCAAAGCUUACAGGAGCGUGAUACCAAUGGCCAGGGUCAAUAUGGUCCAUGGUGGGAUGGCCCCAUGGACUUGCCUACCAGUCACAGUCAACUUGCUGUAUUGGAUGUCAUGGCAGCUAUUCACGCCGUGCGGGAGUAG